AUGCAAUCUUAUGAGACUAUCAUGUGUGUUUUCUCCAUGCUUCUGAUUAUAACUGGAGUCUUUGGCAAUUUUUUACUCCUUUACCUAUAUGGCUCCAAUUUAAUCACUAAUCAAAGGAGAAGACCCAUUGACCUGAUUUUUAUUAAUUUAUCCUUUUCCCACAUUGUGCUGAUUCUCUUCAAGGGAAAUCCAUUUGCAAUCCACAUUUGCAUCCAGACAAUUUUCAUGGAUGACAUCCAAUGUAAAAUCAUAAUUUAUGUGCAAAGAGUGGCCCGAGGUCUUUCACUUUGUACUUCCUGCCUUCUGAGUGUCUACCAGGCCAUCACUAUCAGUUCUGGCAGUCACAUAUGGACAGUGCUCAAAUCUAGGGCCCCAAAGUGCCUUGUGCAAUCCUGUGUCUUUAUAUGGGUCCUCAUGUUCACUGAUUUAACUGUGCCACUGUAUGUGACUGGUCCUAGGAACUACACAAAUAAUAUGCUAAGUAGGAACAUAGGAUAUUGUUCUAUAGACAUGUAUGCCAUGACUACCAUAAAACUUACAAUUUGGAAAUCACUUUAUGACGCUGGGUUUGUGGCAUUCAUGGCCAUUACCAGUUGCUACACGGUGCUUGUUUUGUUCAGACACCACCGGCAAGUCCAGCACAUUCAUAAGACCAGCCUCAACCUCAUUUCCUCCCCAGAGAUCAGAGCUACCAAAGCCAUCCUGUUGCUCAUGAGCAUCUUUAUUUGCUUUUAUGCCAUCAGUUCCAUCUUCAUUAUUGUUAUGGAUAAUUCUAAAGUUGCAGACCUGUGGGUGAUACAUAUUUCUGCUUUAUUUAACUUGUGUUACCCAACAAUCAGUCCCUUUGUUUUAAUAAGCAGUGACUCUCGGGUCCUCAUUUCUUGUAAUGCUUUGAAAAGGAUAAAAAAGUCUUAUUCCCACUCAUCUAGGUCUCAGAAUAUAAAAGAUUUAAAGCAUAGAACCACGGAAUUUUAA